AUGCUUGUUGAGAUCUCUUGGCACUCAGCGGGCUCACGCUUCGCACCACAAAUCCCGCAAUACUGCCUUCUAGAAGCCUCUGCGCUAAUGGAAGAAGACAUGGAAGAUAUGGAAGAAUACAUCGAAGAUCGAUCAAGUUGGUCAGCUGGCUUAUUCGAGAUGAUCUACGAUGGCCUGCUGCUGAUUGUGGUGACCCUCCACGUCAUUUCGACUCCUUACACCAAGGUUGAGGAAAGCUUCAAUCUCCAGGCCUGCCACGACAUACUCAAGCAUGGCAAAGACCAUGGGCAGUAUGACCACCUGCAGUUUCCAGGGGCGGUGCCCCGUACAUUCCUGGGUUCACUCAUGGUCUCGGGGCUUGCUUACCCCUGGCAACUCAUGGGCUUACAGGGCCCCUCGCUGUUGCGCUGGGUGCGCUUCAUGCUGGGCCUCGUGUCGGUCGUCAUGCACGCAAACCUGCGACUCGCGGUGGAGGCCGAGUUCGGCUUCGUGGCCUCACGUCUCAUGGCGCUGCUGACGAUGACGCAGUUCCACCUUCCCUUCUACAUGAGCCGGACGCUCCCAAAUGUCUUUGCUCUGCAGCUGGCAACCAUGGCCCAGUCAGAGCUGGUGUUUGGCAGUGGCUACACGUGCUUGGCGCUCUUGGGCCUUGCAGCCGCCAUCUUCCGCUGCGACCUGCUGGUCUUGAUCGCACCAGUCGGCCUCGUGUUGCUGUGGCAGCGCCGGGUGAACUUCCUCAAGGCCGCAGCUGCCACUGCCCUGGCCGCCUUCUUGGGUGCUUCGCUUUCGGUGGCUGUUGACUCUGUGCUCUGGCAGCGACGGCUUUGGCCCGAGUUCGAGGUCCUGUGGUUCAACACUGCGGAAAACAAGUCCAGUGAGUGGGGAACUCUUCCACCGCUCUGGUACUUCUACUCCGCUCUGCCCAAAGCGCUUUUGGGCGCGUUACCUCUCGCCCUACUGGCGGCGACCAUCGAGCCACGGGCGCGGCCGCUCGUUCUGAUCCCUCUGGCCUUCGUAGCCCUGUACUCCUUCUUGCCGCAUAAGGAGCUUCGAUUCAUCCUCCCGGUCCUUCCACUCCUGAACGCGGCCGCCGGCGUUGCAGGUGCGCGCGCCCUGCGAUGGAAGGGGCGGUGGAGACGGCUGGCUACCGUGGGCCUCUUUCUCCUGGGCCUUGGGUCUAUGUUCGUCACUUGCAUCAUGACGUUCGCCUCAUUUUUCAACUACCCGGGUGGACUGGCUCUCGCCGGUCUGCACGCGACCGAGUGCAACUCGUCCCAACCGCUGGCCGUGCACAUUGGCAACAUGGCAGCUAUUUCUGGCGUGUCUCGAUUUCUUCAGGAGCGUUCAGACUGGCAGUACUCCAAAGAAGAGAAUCUGAGUCCCCACGCCUUGUCGGCAAAAGGAUUUGACCGACUGCUCUCCGAGUUUCCCGAAGUGCCCGGCUACCACUGCACCGCUAUCGUGUACGGCUUCAGCGCCAUGAAACUCGAGCCAAGGUGGCCUGGACUGAACAUGCUCCUAUCCCCCCAGGUCUACAUCCUGGCUAGGGCGCAAGAUGGCACCACCGACGCCUGCAACGUAUCUACGCACCCGAAGUGGAGCGCUGCGAGCCGUCCAGAGUUCCAGGCCCUUAGCCCUCUUAACCCUCCCUGCCGCCCAAAGUGA